AAAAGCUGAAAUGUGCUCAAAGCUCGGCUCUUGCAGGAACUGCAGAAUUCUCCUAUUAAAUUUUACAGAGUUGAUUGGUCCAGUGUUUGUGUAAAAGUGUCACCAUGCUUUUACUCUGUGGGACCCUGCCUGAGACCAGAAAACAUAAAUCACAAAAAAUAUAGGUUGAAGUUCGACAAUGCUGCCAUUUGACCUACUUAGUGUUUCAGCCUUAACCAGUCCUGCCACAUUGACAUGUUACACUGACAGGCAGGCGAGUGGGUGUGGUGUGACUUUCCUUUUUGUGAGACAGGAAAAUCACAACCAACACACAAACACACACACAUGCACACACACACACAUGCACAAAAAAAGCACCUUUUAUAUGUCACAGCCUGAGAAGCAGACACAGUUCAUAAGGAAAGGUCUGAGGGAUCAAGAUACAACAAACCAACAGCCAGAAAAAAAAAAAAGCUUUUUGGAUCUAUUUUCAAAGCACUACUGUCAACAACAAAGGAUGUCUUUAUAUGGAAGCUUCCUGUCAGAUGAGCAGUUCCAGUGCUCGAUCUGCCUCGAUGUGUUCACCAACCCUUCGUCCACACCGUGCGGCCACAGCUUCUGUAUGGCCUGCAUCAGCAGAUACUGGGACGGAUCGAAGAUUUGCCAGUGUCCUCUGUGUAAGAAGACCUUCCAGAAGCGCCCAGACCUUCAGAUCAACAGGACACUGCGAGAAAUCACUGAUCAGUUCAAAUCCAUGACAGGAGGCGGAGGAGGGGGGAAGGAGAAGACAAGCAGGAAAGGAGGAGGGGGAGGAAGAAACGGGCGCAUUCCAAUAAAUUUAUUCGAUGAACUGAAGAAGAAGCUGCCUCGACAUCAGCUAAAACAAUCAAUGAUACUGCCCUGUGAGACUCAAGGUAUAUCCAUCCCAACGACACCAGUUACAUCUCCACUGGCUUCUUCAGUACCAAACGACAGUCCAAUCGCUGCCCAGACCAACCCCUUCGGGCCGCCUCCACCACCUCCCCCUUUCACCCGCUCCAACGGCCGCAGAAGGUUCACUGUGACUGGGGCUGCAAGCAGCUGCAGCCUCCCUGUCUGUGAUAUCCACCACAGAGGAUUAGUGAUUUACUGCCGCACUGACCAAGUGUCCAUCUGUCCUGAGUGUGAGAUCGAGGACCAUUCGGGUCACGACACAGUGACCCUGGAAGCUGAAUGGAUGAAAACCAAGGACCAGCUGAGUGUGUCGGAGAAGGAGAUCCAGGAGAUGAUCAGACAGAGAAUCAGGAAGAUCGAGGAGAUCAAACUGUCAGUGACUGAUCUGGAUUUGGCGGUGGAGCGAGAGACGGCGGGCAGCGUUUGCCUGUUUUCGGAGCUGGUGUCUGCCAUCCAGCGCUCCCAGGCGGAGCUGAUGGAGGUGAUGGAGAUGAGCAGGAGGGCGGCCGAGCACCAGGCCGACGCCAUGAUACGGCAGCUGGAGCUGGAGGUCGAAGAGCUGCGGAGGAGAGAGAACGCCCUCUCCGAGCUCGCCCAGUCGGAUGACUACAUGCACUGUGUGAAGACAUUUCCGAUGCUCUCCGCUCCUCCACCUGCCAAAGACUGGUCUGGGGUGUCGGUGAACUCUGACCUGGGAACUGGGACCAUCUACAGGUCGCUGGCAGUGCUGGUGGAGAAGUUCGAGGAGGAGCUGAAGGUUAUUGCAGAAACAGGUUUUCCUGCCUCAGUCCUGGAACCGAGUCCGGCUCGAUCUCAGCCCAGGAUUAGAAGAGUACAGGAGUAUGCAGUGGAUGUGACUCUGGACUGCAACACGGCCCAUCCCAGACUGAUUCUGUCAGAGGACAUGAAGAGUGUGAGGUGUGGAGAUCGACACCAGCUGCUUCCAGAUAAUCCGGAGAGGUUUGACAGAGUCGUCUGUGUGGUGGGGAGGGAGGCGAUCUCCUCUGGGAAACAUUACUGGGAGGUGGACGUGGGCGGGAAGACGGACUGGGAUCUCGGGGUGGCCAGACAGUCGGUCAACAGGAAGGGGAAGAUUGAAGUCACCCCGAGCAACGGAUACUGGUUCCUCAGCCUGAGAGACAAGAACAAGUACGCCUUUCGCAGUGAACCCUCCACCGACGUCCAGCUGAGCCUCCGACCACAGAGGAUCGGGAUAUUUGUGGACUAUGAGAGGGGACAGGUGUCUUUCUACGACGUUGAUGCUAAAAUCCACAUCUACACGUUCAACGACACGUUCAUUGAGUGCAUUUUCCCGUUCUUCAGCCCGUGCACCAACAAAUCUGGGAAGAACGACGGGCCGCUGAUUAUCGCACCUGUAAACAUUAAAGAUUAACCGAAUAUCCAGGGACGUUUUAACGAUCUGAAGGCAUCGAGGGGCUUAGCCAAAACGUAUAGUAGUAUAGUGAAGUAUUCAGUUCCUUUAGUUACGUAGAAGUACAAAUACCACACGCUGAAAAUACUCUGUCAGGUCAAAGUCCUGCGUUGAAAUGUUAAUUAAGUAAAAUUAGGUAAGUAUGAUCAGGAAAAAGUACUUUAAGUACUAAAAAUAAAAGUAGCAAAUGCACAGAAAUAAAA